CUGCCUUGAGGUGUGGAAGCGUGGUGCGCCCAGACAACCAAUCAUCUUAGCACGGGUAGAUUCCCUUGGCCUCCGAACACACGUCACAACCUGGUUCAGAGGCGCACCAGAGAGCCACGAUUUGCAUCACUCCGCGACCCACCAAUCGCUAGCACCCUUGGUUGCUUCUGGCUGCACUCCGACGGCUGUUCUCGCACCUGACCUAGCCCUCCAUCUGCACGAAUGCCCUAGUCUUCCCGCACCUGCGCUCCGCAUUGACGUUCUUUUCUUCUUAUUCUGCACCCAGCUGCCACCCUGGACCGCUCUGCAGCCUACCGCGACAGCCCGUCCGAGCAAGCUUUCGAGCUCCACGAAUAUCCCAGAGAGGAGAGCAGCAACCCAGUACGGGCACCCGAGAGCAAGAGAGAGCGCAAAAGACGGGAGAAGCUCGAGCAGCUUCGGGAAGCCGACGAGAUGAAGUUCUCCCACAGCCUGCAAUUCAAUGCAGUGCCAGACUGGAGCAACCACUACGUCGCCUACAGCAACUUGAAGAAGCAGAUCUACGGCCUUGAGACACAGAUCAACCAGAAGAACAGCGCGACCGCCGACGCCGAAUCGUCACCUCUAUUGAACGGCGCCGCAGACGACCCCGAAAAAGCCUUCACCAACCUUCUCGACGCCGAACUGGAGAAAGUCACGUCUUUCUACCAGCUGAAGGAGGUCGAGAUCUACGGAGAGCUGGAUGCUCUGAUCAACGAUGAGGCAGACUAUGAGCGCGAACAAGAUGAGUUUGACCAGGAGCAGCAAAAUGUGCCGCCUGGAAAGCAGACGCGCAGCACCAGCAUCUUCAAGCAGAUUGGAUUCAACCGCCCGCGGGCCACGAGCACAGUAAGCGGUCGAUCAACCGGCGACGGCCACGACGAAGACGACGAAGACGACGACGAAGACUCCGAUGUCGACGCGAACGAGACAUCACGACUGCGACAGAGAAGCGCUGAUGGUCAGCGAAGACGUCGACGCACCACAGAUGAGAACAACAACUCAGAUGGUCUUUCUUCGAAGCGCAGGACAAGUGUGGCUUUCGACGACUACAACGACAUGGCAUUCUCUGCGCUCUACGACGAGGGCGUCUCCCUCAAGAAGCGAACUGUCAGCGUAUACGUCUCGUUAUGCGAACUACGAUCGUUCAUCCAGCUCAACAAGACUGGUUUCGAGAAGGUCCUGAAGAAGUUCGACAAGAUCCUAGAUCGCAAGCUCAAGAGCCAGUACCUGAACCAAUACGUAUACCCAGCGUACCCCUUCCAGCAGAGCACCAUGGACAGGCUCACGCAAAAGCUGGAUCAGGUCGAGCGCGCCUACUCCAAGGUUUGCACCAAGGGCGAUGUCGCAGAGGCCAAGCGCGAGCUGAGGUUACACCUGCGCGAGCACGUUGUGUGGGAGCGAAACACAGUCUGGAGGGAGAUGAUUGGCAUCGAGAGGAAAGCGCAAGCGGCGAACAUUGGUAUCACGCAGACUCUGCUCGGCCGCGACGUCAACGCAGGGCGUGUACGACGACAAGGAGAUGAGAACGAGCCAGAAAUAAAGGAGGUUAUUACACCCAUUGGAAGGUACAGAUGCCCGCAAUGGCUCAUCAGCAAGACCUUUUGGACGCUAGUCGCUUGCAUAGCAGUGUUCGUUGUCUUGCUGGUGGUGCCAAUUAUGGAGAAACCCGAGCAGCAAAAUUGCCUCGCUAUGGUGGUCUUUGUCAGUGCUCUCUGGGCGACUGAGGCUAUUCCGCUCUUCGUAACGUCACUUCUUGUACCCUUCCUCGCCGUUACCCUCGAUGUCGUGCGCAGCGAUGUUGAGCCGCACAAGAGACUUGGAUCUAAGCAAGCGGCUGCAUAUGUGUUUGCUGCUAUGUGGACCCCCGUCAUCAUGCUCCUUCUCGGUGGCUUUACUAUCGCAGCUGCGCUCUCCAAGUACAACAUCGCCAAGAUGAUGGCAACCUUCGUUCUGAGUAAGGCUGGAACGAAGCCGAGGACGGUCCUUCUGACCAACAUGUUUGUCGCCAUGUUCGCCAGUAUGUGGAUCAGUAACGUCGCCGCGCCCGUACUGUGCUUCUCGAUUAUUCAGCCCAUCCUUCGUAACCUGCCAGCGGACUCGAACAUGACCAAGGCGCUGCUUCUUGGUAUUGCUCUUGCCUCUAACAUCGGUGGCGCUGCGUCGCCCAUCGCCUCGCCUCAGAACCUGAUCGCCCUCCAGAACAUGAACCCUGAGCCAUCCUGGGGCCUCUGGUUCUUCAUCGCCCUGCCUGUGUGCAUCAUCUCCAUCCUUUUGAUCUGGGGUCUUUUGGUCCUUACAUUUCAGCCAGGCAAGGGCACGACUAUUGUUCCUAUCCGACCCAUGAAGGACAAGUUCACUGGUGUCCAAUGGUUCAUCAGCAUUGUUACUGUCGUCACUAUCGUGCUGUGGUGUGUCAGCCACCAGCUUGAAGACGUUUUUGGUGACAUGGGUGUAGUGGCUAUCAUCCCUCUCGUGCUGUUCUUCGGAACUGGCAUUCUCACCAAGGAGGACUUCAACAACUUUUUGUGGACUAUCAUCAUCCUCGCUGCUGGCGGGUUGGCCCUUGGCAAGUCUGUCAACUCUUCAGGCCUCCUCCACACCAUCGCUGAGUCCAUCACCAGCAGCGUCGAGGGAAUGAGUCUGUACGGUGUUCUCGUCGUCUUCUGUAGUCUCAUUCUUGUCAUUGCUACUUUUAUCAGCCAUACCGUCGCGGCGCUUAUUGUGCUCCCGCUCGUACAGCAGGUCGGUCAGAGUAUGCCGGAGCCGCACCCCAACCUGCUUGUCAUGGGCGCCGUUCUCAUGGCAAGCGGUGCUAUGGGUCUGCCUACCAGCGGCUUCCCCAACAUGACCGCCAUCAUGAUGGAAGAUCAGCGAACUGGACAACGCUACCUCGACGUCAAACACUUCCUCACCCGCGGUGUGCCCGCAUCUAUCAUCACCUUCAUUGUCAUCAUCACCCUUGGUUACGGUCUCAUGCUCGCUGCAGGUUUCUAAGUACGCCACUUCUCGUAUUUAUUCUGUAAAAACUCUUGCAUACUGAUUUCAU